AUGAGUCGGCCAAAUCGACCAUCCGCCCCGAUGGGUCCUCCACAGGAUAUGGUCAUGGGCCCUCCACCUUUACCGGUCCAAGUUGCGCAGCCGGACCCGCAAAAACCUAAAGAAUCGCAGGAUGUCGCGGAAAAGUACAGGCGAUUGAAGAGAAAGUACUUUGAACUCGAAGAAAAACACAAAGAGAGCAUGUUGCAGCUCAAGACGUCGGGGGAACGCAAUGUAAAGUGGAGAUCUGAGCGAGCCUUGUUGCUCGAUCGCAUCGUUGAGCUGGAGACAAACCCCACCAUCAACCGCAAUGCACCCAUUCCGAUGCACCCCUUCUCCGCCUACCCGCGUUCCAUGCUGUCGAACCGCGGGCAGCGCAAUUUCGUCAGCAAUCUCCGUCUUGCGAUUGAGGAGUCACAACGCGAAGAUCCUGACAUAGAUCCUCUCCUGGUCUCGAGGCACAUAGGUCCGCAGGCGCGCAAGCGUCAAGAGGCAGAGGCGAAGGAGAGGCAAGAGGAGGAAGCGAGAGAGGCACGACGGGCGGCGAGACGGCCCAGGGCAGCCCCGCAGAAGGGCAAAGACAUCAGCACGCCUAUGUCCUUUGCACCGCCCCACUCGCCCGCCCCUGGUGGACACAUCCCUUCCCCGCCCAUCCUGGUGUCCAGCACCGGUACUCGACUGCGCCUGAAGCCGCCUGCCCCUCCUUCAGAAGAGCCAGGGCCGUCAGCACCCUCAUCUAACGCCCAUGGUCGGUCACACCACAGCUCUGUCGGUACUCACCAUGCACAGCGCCGCUCUGAGUCACCGAUCUCGCCCAUGCAAUCGCCUCACGACGACUAUGGCAUCCCACCUGGCUCCAAUACAAUACCGUUUCGUACCUCGCCUCCUCCCAAUCAACCGCAGAUACAGAUGACACUCCGCAAUGCACCUGGCCCGGCGCCGUCAGCCAGGCCAUCGGAUAUUCAGAGACACGCGAAGCCAAAGCGGCUGAAGGCACAUACGGUGACAACGAAGAGCUUCAGCAUUCCGAUGGUGCCACGCGACAAGAAGGGCAAGCCGCUGCUCCCGCUCAAUGUAGGCAUUAUGACCGUCCUCCAUCUCGGUGAGGUAUGCAUGCGGGAGCACUUCCACACCGAAAGGUAUAUUUUCCCUGUGGGUUACGAGGUCACAAGGCGCUACCUUUCCACCACGGAUCCGGCCGCAGAGGUUGUGUACCACUGCACCAUCCUCGAUGGCGGAGACGGGCCCAAGUUCCAGAUCAUCGCGUCUGACAUGCCCGACAAGCCCGUCAUCGCGGGCACCGCGACCGGCGCUUGGUCCGUCAUCGUGCGCGCGGCUAACCACGUCCGAAACCGGCAGCACUCGAACAGCGUCUCUGGCCCCGACUUCUUUGGGCUGGGGCAGAACACGAUCAAGCACCUCAUCCAGGAACUGCCAAACGCGCGCCAGCUGAAGGACUAUGUGUGGCAGCACUUUGUCGAAGGAGGGCACCUCGGCGGGAGACAUGCUGCGGUCAUUCCCGCGCUGCCUGACGACCACGACCACGAAAACGAACAGGAGGAGGGCACAGUGGGCCAGGGAGACGGCGUGGGUGGCGGGAGUGGGACUGUAAACCAAAAUGGAAACGGAUAUAAGAGGGUGCCCUCAGGCAAAUUCUUUACGCAUCUCGAGCCCCAGAUCGUCCAUGUCGAGGGCGGGGACAUUGCAGGACGCCGCCCGGUUCUCCCGGCCCCGCCGACGAUGAACAACGUUACGUUCCACCAGGAGUACGUGCGCCCGCCCGAGCGCGAGCGCCGGAACUCGCACACGAAUAUCCCCGCGUAUGACGAGUACGUUCACCGUUCACCAAUCCGUGCGGACUCGCCCGAGCCGCCGCCGCUCAGAACAGUGUCGGUCUCGCCGGUCAUGGCGCGGGACAGGUCGGAGAGACAGAGGGAGAGAGAUAGAGAUCAGGACAUGCGGGAAAGGGACCACUAUGUUUCGCCGCCGCACCUACCAUCGCACUCACACUCGCACUCGUCCUCGCAGUCCUCGCAUCAUCGCUCGCCAUACCUGCCCAAUGCCGGCGGGAACGGGAUGGAGGGCGGGAGCACAUCGCGGGGGUUUAUGCCUGCUCCGUCGCCGCCGCCGGUGCCCGCCACCUUCGCCAGUAUCAUGAACGCGUACCCUGCUCCGCCGCUCGCUUCCUCCCCGCCCGCCGCUCCAGAUCACACCGAAUACACGUAUACCAACGGUGGUGGGCGGCGGAACGGGCGCGCGAACACGCGGACGUUCCCUCCUGCAGAGGAACGCUGA